AACUUUUUCUGUCAGAAAAAAAGGAAAACGGGCCGACCCUCCGUGUCAUAAACGGUCCAUUUCCUUAUUUUUACUCAUUAACGUAUGCGCUGGAAAUGUGUCAGCUGCCGGCCCGCAGGCGACAACUGAAGCGUUUUUGGUGAGAAAGGGCGACGUCGAGUGAUUCUGGGCUAGUCAGCAGCCACAUAACGGAGCCCAGUCUUUAUCAUGGAAGAUGGUGCAAAAGAGGACCCAGCCCAGAAAGAGCCUAAGUUCCUGAGUAAGGCUGGCUGGUUGAAGAAGGGCUAUGGCAGACUGCUGGCAAGCUAUAAAGACCGCUAUAUCCAGGUGGAGAAGACAGAGAUUGUGGUGUAUGAAAAUGAGGACCUACAGAACUGCUUGGAGAGGCUUGACCUUGAAAAUUAUGACAAAUGUCAUGAAUUAAAGAGCCCCUUCACGAAGAAGCAAAGACUUAUACUCAUACGAUCGGCAAAGUCCACAAAUAAGGUCCAUGAUGUUAAAUUCCAGGCUCAGACAGCGGAGGACAAGGAGGCUUGGAUUAAAGCCCUCAGUGAUGGCAUUAAUCGAGCAAAGAACAAAAUUUUUGAUGAGGUGAAGGUUGAUCAAAGCAGCAAUUUAGAGCAUGUUACUCGAACAAGACCGAAAGGGAACCGCAACCGGCGUCCACCGACCAGGAUACACAUGAAAGAGGUAGCCGAUGUGUCAUCUGAUGGAAUCCUGCGCUUGGAUCUUGAUCUUGAAGAUGCCGUAAUGCCUAAUGGAGCACAUUAUGCCAAUGUUGAUGGCAGUGAGACCUCCAAAGAGAAACAGUUGGUGCCAAUUACCGAGGAGGAAGCUCAGCCAGAUCCAGACGUCAGUCCCCCCAAAAAGAUCAUCAAACCUCCAAUGCCGCCUAUCAAGGAGGCUAAACCCAGCACAGCACUUGAAGAUGAACCUCAAAAGAAUGAUGGUUCAGAGAAAAAGGUACCGAUGCCCCCAUUGAAAGAAGCAAAACCCUCUGCUUCACCUGUUGAAGAAACUACAGAAGAGGCAAAACCUGAGAAGAUUUCUGAAAUCACUUCUGAUGCCAGUAAAAAGGCAGCUCCACCACCAAUGCCUCCCAAUAAACCCAGCUCUGUGAGUAAUGUUGAUGCUUUACAGUCCAAGCCACACUCUCACCCUCCUAUGCCUCCAUCCAAGGAGAAGAAGCCCUCCCAUCCUGGCUCCGAGACAGACCAGCAGGUUGAAGGGAUUAGUACUGAGGAUAAUGAGAAGGAAGAUGACAGUAGGAAGGAGACGAUAGAAACAGCCGUGGAAACAGAUGAGGCAGUGCAGCUGAUUGCUAAAGAAACGUCACCUGAUGUGAAGGAUGAUAAACACGAGAGUCCUAGCACAGAGGAAACAGUUAGCAGCAACACAAAGAUGGUAUCUGAAUGUGGGGAACAAAUACCAACUGAGGCACUGAGAAAGAGUCCAAGUCCCCAUCCAAAAUUCAAGAAAAACCCUGAUGAAUGUGCUGAGCCUGACACACAGCGGAUAGAAAGCUCCACGGCUACGAGUUAUCCUAAAGAGGGACCUGACAAUACUGCCUCAGUCAUUUCUGUCGAUUCAAAAGAUGCACUGGCCGAGAGUGAAGUCCCCUCUUUGAAUGACUCAACCACUGAGAGCCUUACCCUGAGUCCACUGCUUUACCACUUGUCCGGGGAGAAAAAAAAGCAAGAUGAGAAAUCUGUAGACAGUGGUCAGCACUCAGAUGAUGAGAGUGAAGGCUCUGGAAGUCAAGACACAUUGGUAGCUGCUACAGCUGCACUCAGGGGAAGCCAUUCUGCUCUCGAUGUGGCGGAUGCUAGUGAGGACAACAUUCAGAUAUCUGUUAUUUUAAGACCAGCACAGGUCACAACAGUGCCUCAGGUUAGCUCUAAGAACAUAAAACCCAUUCCUCCUCUCAAGCCCUCAGCCAAGGCCAGGUCAGCCUCAAUUGGAGAUUUGCUGUCUGAAUCUGAUGCCUGUACUCAGAUGAAAGAGUCUAGCAGAGGUGGAGCUGUAAGUGCUGGGGGUUCUAGUGAUGAUGUUAUUAAACUUGAGACUGAAGUGGCUCUAGAGAUGGAAAAGACAAGCAAGCUUUUGUGCAAAGUGUCCCAGGACCAUGGAGGAAGUGAAGAGGAGGAUGUACCGGGGGAUUUGCUGGCUGAGGCCAUGGAGAAGCUGAAGAAGGCAGACCACGUCCUCAGGGAGGUCAAGAAACUGAAAUUUGCAACAAACGGAAGCAAGAGGAAGAGUUGGUGAACGUCAACAGACUGACUUGAAAUUGACCGACUGAUAAACUCUUUACCUAGACAGUGAUAGUGCAGUCAUAUCAUGGAAAACGUAAAAAGGCCCCCUCUAAAUACAAUUUGCCUAAAAGUGAAGGGAAAGUGGUAUUCUGUAUCAUCAAAGACGAGCUUAUUCACUCUGUAUGAUCACUGGUGUGCAGGCCUGACCUGGACACUGUAUUGGAUUCAGUUCAGUUCAAUUUUGUUUACAGUACUGUGCAAAAGUUUUAGGCAGGUGAGGAAAAAAUGCUAUAAAGAAAGAAUACUUUCAAAAAUGGAAGUGUUUAUCAUUUAUUUUCAUCAAUCAACAAAAUGCAGUGAAGGAACAAAAGAGAAAUGUGUGACCAGCCUUUGCUUUCAAAACAGCACCAAUUCUUCUAGGUAGACUUGCACAAAGUUUUUGAAGGAACUCGGCUGGUAGGUUGUUUCAAACAUCUUGAAGGACUAACCACAGAUCUGUGGACACACUCGAUGAUGUUGAGAUCAGGGCUCUGUUGGGGCCAUAGCAUCACUUCCAGUACUUCUUAAUAAUAAUAAUAAUGUAUACUUUAUUGAUCCCCUUGGGGAAAUUCCUCUCUGCAUUUAACCUGUUCACUCAGUGAAGCAGCUUGUUCUUCUUUACGCUGAAGAUAGUUCUUAAAGACUUUGGCUGUAUGUUUGGGGUCGUUGUCCUGCUGCAGAAUGCAUCUGGGGCAAAUAAAUAGUCAUUUAUAUUUCUGAAAGCAUUCUUUAAAGCAGUUUUCACACCUGCCUAACACUUUUGCACAGUACUGUAUAUAGAAAAUCACAACAACAGUCACCUCAAAGUGCUUUUAAGGUAAAGAUCAGAGAGUUUUUGAGCGUUAUGCCUUUUAAAUGGGCUAUGGUGUGCAAAAUUGGAAAGUCUGUGCAACAAUAUUAAACAGGGUUUAAUGAAUGGCUGGAAUAGUCUGAUGGACAAAACUGUCUUAUUGUCGAUGGUUUUGCUGCACUUGGAACUUUUUGUGGAAUUAUUUCUGAUGGAUGUUUUUCUGCAGCGGAAAGUAAUGUGUUACUGUAUAUUUUCUUUACUACUGUGUUUUCUUUUGUAGAUACAAAAUAAUGGCCCUUAUUUACUAAUAUGUGCGUGGGAACAGUCUUACCCUAUGCAAAAAUUGCACUGGCUAAUUUUGUUCUUGCACGUGUUUCAUAAAUGAUUUACUUUUGGUAGUAAAUCAGACUCUAAAUCAACAUGGUCAUGCUUGCUGUGUGCAAUAAGCAUAAAACAUACAGCCACACCUCCAUUUCCCUGUAUAAAUAAAUUAGUUUACCUGGAGGUGAAGUGAAAAACGCAGUAAUGUUGUGAGAGAGCAGCCUGCACUGCUAAGGGAGAGACACACUCACUGUGACUCAAGUAAAAUAAGUUUGAAACUGGUGUAAAAAGACCCGACAGAGUAUAAGAAAAAGCAGCUGGAAAGUCUGUCGGCUCCACAUGACAAAACUCACUCUAUGAACAAACAAAAAAAUUAGACUGCAAGUGAAAGAAGUCUUUUUUUUUUAAUGAAGGAUAAGAUAAUUUUAGGGAAGAUAAACUGAUGAAAGAAAAAAGACAAAAAAAGAUAAAAGAAAUACUGGAAUAUGUUGAAAUUAAAAAUGUUUCAAUUUAGUAUUUUGUUUUCUUUACAUACAAUUUUUUAUUUAAUUGUAACGGAGCAUAUGGUGUUUUGUAAAACUGUUAAUAUUACAUGAAAGCAAAAACAACAACAAUAAUAACAAUAAUAAUAAUGAUAACAAUUCCUAAUACUAUUAAUAGUAGCUUUAGUUGUAGUAGUAGUAUUCAUUUUAUAGAGGUUAAAUGUCCUUAGGCAGCCAUUUUUGUUUGUUUGUACACAUGGUCAGAGGUACUAAUUAAUUUGUUCCUGCAGUGCAAACAAAUUCAGGUACGAAAAUAUCGAUAAAUCAUGGAUUUGUGCGUUAACCCUUGCUACGCACAGAUUUGUCUGUGUGCCUUAACACCUUUAAUGUUUCUUAAGGUAAUCUUGCUAUCCAAAGGGAUUUAUGAAAAAAAAACUGGAAGCAUAGCAUCUGGCUUUAGUCAUCUCUUAUUCUGUGAGCUCUUCUAGACGGAUAAAUGUUUCAAAUACAGGAGAAGUGUCAAUACAUGGCAGGUCUUUGAAAGUUCUGCUCACCCAAGCUGUGAGGACCAACAAAGUAUCGAUGAAUCAAUACUUUAACCUCCUAAGACCCAAACUCUUUCAUGGCAUGCGUUUGGGCUGAAUGGGACCUGAUGAAUGUAAAAACAAAGAAUUACCAGAUUUUUUUUUUUUUAACCUGAUUUCUGUUUCUGAGAAAAAUGAAAUCCACAUAAGAGGACAUUCGUUUUAAAUUUCGAUAGAACAGUUACAGUAUAAUGUCCUCGUAAGUGGAUAUCAGGCCCUUGUAGAGCAAAAUUUAGUAUUUUGGUCUAGACAACUCAAAAUGUGAUGUCCACAUUUGUGGACGCCAGGUCCUAGGAGGUUAAAUAUAUAAUAUAUAAAUAUAGGUUAAAUAUAUAAAGCUACAAAUAAGCGCUCCUGCUAAUGCCUAAAAGCAUUUCUAAUCAUUUGUGAACCUCAGAAGCUUUUUUCUCUCCUUUUUAUUGGGAAGUUUUUGCUGACAAGUUGCUAUUAGAGAAAUUAUAAUUUAAUCACCGCCUUUAUGGUGUUUAUCACUGGUGAAGGAAGAUGUACGGUGUAAGUAAGGAUCUAUUCAGACUUUUAACAUUGAUAAAGCAAAUAAAGGAAUAUUUUUACUUUACAGGGUUUUUUUUUAUCAUUAGUAAUAUAAUUUCAUUAAUGUACUGUAUAUUGCACAGAAAAGCACUUAGAGCAGCUCUCACUAAUGCCUAUUACUAUUCUCUAAUACCUGUCUUUGUUUUUGUAUGGGGGGUAUGUGCAUCAUUCUCCAUUGUCUGAAUGUUGAACUGAUUAUUAAUGAAGAAUCUACCGUGGUUUUUUUAGUGGUAGAAAUGUAAUUUUUUUGUGCCCUCCAGAAUAUGUAGCCAUAUUUUCAUAACAUUAGAUCGACUGAAGUUUUGUACUCUUUGAUAAAGUUUGCUAUUGCUUAAAUAAAGAUAAAUGAUUUAC